GUCGUACUGUUUGCAUCAUAUAUAAAUCGCAUUUUCUCCAUCGAUCAGCAUUUUCCAGUUAUGCAUGAGGAAAAGAUUGUGAUUGGUAUUGCGGCUACAUGUAGUACUUUCGCUAUCCUUGCAUGCUUAAUAACCAUUCCCUCAUUGUACAACACCAUACACGAAAUUCACGAUGAGGUUGUUGAUGGAGUUCAGAUUUUCCGCGUUGAAACUGAUUCAGCUUGGACUGAAAUGAUGGAAAUCCAAAUAAAUAUUUCACCUCCAAGCAAACCGCGUGAAAAUCCAUUUGAUAGCAUCUUCCGUCAGAAACGUCAAGAUUUUUCAGGACUCCCUUCAUUUUGUCAAUGUGAACCAGUAAAACCAAUAUGCCCACCUGGUCCGCCAGGACCACCUGGGGAGGCCGGAACAGAUGGAACACCUGGACCUCCUGGCUCUCCAGGCGAGGACAGCACAGUAACAUACGCCCCAGUCACAUGUCCCCCACAUGAUACUACAUGCAUAAAAUGUCCUGCUGGACCUCCUGGACCACCAGGCACAGAUGGAGCAGCUGGUGCAGCGGGACCAGAUGGCCAAUCUGGACCGGCAGGAGUCCAAGGGAAGGACGGGCCGCCUGGUCCGACUGGGCCACCUGGAGAUGCUGGACCACAAGGAUCCCCUGGUCCUGCUGGAACAGCAGGGCCGCCCGGCAAAGAUGGACAAAAAGGGCAAGGAAAACCAGGGUCGAAAGGACCUCUUGGGCCACCUGGACCUGCAGGCUCUCCUGGACCCAAUGGAGACAAAGGGGCGGAUGGGGCUCCAGGACCAGUUGGCCCUGCAGGGCCGGCUGGUGAGCAGGGGCCAGCUGGCACCAGUGGCAAAAAUGGACCACCUGGCAAUGUUGGUCUUCCAGGAAAUGAUGCAGCAUAUUGCCCAUGUCCACCACGUUCGGCAGUCUUUGUUAGCCGAUUCUCGCAGUAA